AUGGAGAUGAUAAAAGUUGGGCCAGUGGGAAGCAACGGUGGUUCCAUAUGGGAAGAAAAUGGACGAAGCGAAGUUGCUGGUAUUUUUGUUUCCUACACCCAAAACACUAUUCAGUCGCUUCAGUUCCUCUUCUAUGAGAAUGACAAGUUUGUUCAGUCAAAAAAGCAUGGCAGUCAACACUCUGAAAACUUUUGCGCACUUCUCUUUGAUUAUCCAUCAGAGUUUCUUACUUCGAUAAGUGGUUCCUAUAUUGGCGAUCGGUAUUUAUCAACAGGUUUGGAUGCUAUUAAAUUUAACACCAACAAGGGUUCUUAUGGACCAUUUGGGCGUACGGAGCCUACAAGUAGUAGCAAACAAUUCAACUUUCAAUUACGAAAUCAUCGUCUUUUUGGUGGUUUUCAUGGCACCAUGAGUCCAUCUGCCGUUGAGAGUAUUGGGAUCUAUGUUAAGCCAGUCGUAUCCCCCAUGAUUAACUUGAAAGGAGGAUCUCUGAAAGGAUCUCUUCGAGUGUAA